AUGUCUAAUACAGAAAAUUUUAGUGAUUCUGGUUCUGAAUAUCAGCCUAUUCCUGGAGAAAUUCAUACAGAAUCUGAAACAGAUACAAGUUGUGACGAAAAUAUUAUGAUGCCGUCUAGUCUAUCAGAACCUGGAACAUCUAAAUCUAGAAAAAGGUCAAUCAACAAGGAAAAUUGGACAGUUAAUAAAAGAAAUAAAGAAUAA